AUGUGUCAACUCAAAGGCCUGGAUCUGAGUGAGGUCACCAUGACAGACUUUAGUCCUGAGAUCCUCCACGUUCUUCUAGAACAAGUUGCAGCCACACUCCAGGAACUGAACUUAGAGUGGUGUGGGAUCACAGUGUCCCAGUGUGAGUCCAUCCUGUCUGCCCUGAGCCGCUGUUCAAGUUUGGUACCUUCAGUCUGUGUUGGAACAUCCUCUCUGGCCAUCCUGGAGAAGCUUCUGAAUCACACCACUGGGCUAAGCAAUUUAAGUGAUGAGUUUGAUCCUGCCCCUCAGGAGAGCUGCAGCCCUCAUCGAGCCCUCCACCUGGGCUGA